CUUCUUUUAGGGACUUCCAUUUAAACAGGCACAAACACACAAUUAACAGUUUCCAUACCCUCCCCAAACCCCCAGGAAAUGAUGGAAAGUAAUUUUAACAAAAGGUGUAAACAACGAAGACAAAAACAAAAAGAAUAGAGGGGCAUCGGACACAUUCACGGUACUUUUAGAGGCUGUAAGCAAAAUGGGAGCUGGCUGAGUUAGAGAGGUGGAGAGAGGACUCAUAAGUCUAUAAACAUUUCUCGAUGGAGAAUCAAGAAGCGAGGCGAUGAGCACCCAGGGGAUGGGAGAAGGCGGCAGACAGGCAAGGUCAGGAACAGGAGGGGUUCAAAGCUGGUACGCAGCACGGUCCAUCCCUGCUUUCCUCUCUCUCCAUUGGUGACCCCCCGCUGCUAAGCCCCACGCAGGUCCACCGUGGGCAAGACGGGGCUCUGCACCAAGCCUCCAGAGCCUGGGAUGCUGCUGGGAGCCGUGGAAGGCGAGAGAACUAAGUGAUCGGGGCUGGAAAGGCAGAUAAAGUCCAGCGAUGACCAACGCAGUGUGCCCGUCCGCCACAUUUCCCCGUGGAGCCGGCCACCACCAUGCCCGCACACGUGCACGGCAUGUGGCCUGCAAUAGGUGUGGCGUGGCAUCGUCGUCAUCGUCCGGCCCCGCCCCCUCCUAAUAACUCUCGCGAGACUUGGGUCUGCCGGAGCUGGGAAGAAGCCAAUAUGGUGGGCACAGGCUGAGCGGGGCCAGGCCUUGGGAGCUCCUCUGCGCGUGUCUCAGGAGGAUUCCCCCGGGCUCCCGACGCUGUCCCUGGGGUGGGGGGCGGCAGAAGGGUGAAGCGACCCGGGGUGGGCAGCCCGAGGAGAACCCGGGGACGUCGUUGUCGUGAAGGCCGGCCUCCGGGAGGAGGCGGACGGAAGUAGGCCCGAGAGGAAGUGACUUCCGUCCACGGGCAGGAGCGGAAGCAGCGGGGCAGCAGGUGGAGGGAGCGCCUGAGCGGGCCGGGCGCUGAGCGGUGGGACCUGGCGGGGCCGGCCCGAGGCCCCGGAGACCCCGGGGAGGCCCUGGACGGGACCCCGGUGCUGAUGCUGGGCGACCUGGAAAGGACCUGGGACGGGAAGCGGCAGUGCCCGUACUGCGGCUACGCCAGCGAGCGGACGGAGCGGCUGGUGGAGCACACCCGCGUGCACACGGGCGAGAAGCCGCACCGCUGCCGCCUCUGCCCCUUCGCCUCGGCCUACGAGCGCUACCUCGAGGCCCACAUGCGCUCGCACACCGGGGAGAAGCCGUACAAGUGCGAGCUGUGCGCCUAUCGCUGCAACUACAGAAGCAACCUGGCCCACCAUCGACGGCGCAGGCACAAGCUCUUGCCGCUGACCGCGCCCCGGGCCUCCUUCACCGGCAUGAAAACGUGGGGGAGCCCGCAGGGUAAAAGCCACGUGGAGGAGGGCAAACGAGGGCUGCUCAUCGCCUUAGGUCCACCUUCCGUGGUCCUUCAGAAACCGGACCACCCCGGUGAUUUUACGCACAAGGUCCCGAGUGUUCGGAACGACUUCUACGGCAGUAUGGGUAAAGCCAAUGUGUGCGGGCUGCCGAGGGACCCCGAAGAGCUCUUGCUUGUGGACAGUCCUUUGAAUCAGAUGUCUACUCUCGCAGGACUCUUGUCUAGGUUGCCACCUGAAAACCAAAACCUGGCCUCCCCUGACGGAGACUCCAGCCUGGAGGAAAAUCUUUUCAUGAUUCAACAGCCCUCUGCCCAAGGGAGGACCCCACAGAGCUCCCCCAUAGUCCUGGAGCCUCAACUCCCACCAUUUAGUCAGAGGGACUGCAGUCCAUUUGCAGGGCCCAGCAGCCAGCCGAGUGGCCGCACUAGCACCUCCAUCUUUGGAAACAGCCAGCCAAGCACUCCGGCCCUAACCUUGCCGAUGGAGGACCCUCAGCUGCUGUACCAUUGCCAGCACUGUGACACGUACUUUGCAGACAAUGUCCUUUACACUAUUCACAUGGGAUGCCAUGGGUAUGACAAUCCUUUUCAGUGUAACAUAUGUGGACACAAUUGUAAAAACAAGUACGAUUUUGCCUGUCAUUUUGCAAGAGGCCAACAUAACUAGAGCCGAGAACAACCAACCUUAUCUUUACCCAGUUUAGCCUUUGGGGGUGAUUAUAGUUUGCUUUUGGUUACUCCUGGUAGGGCAUUUUCUAAUUUAAAGCUUAUUGUAAGAUAUAAAUUUGAUGGUGGAAACUGCUGCCCUCCUGCAUUCACCUUCUCUCCCCCCCUGCAUUCACCUUCUCUCCCCCAUCCCCUCCCCCCCUUUUUUUUUAUAAAUUUGAUCUGAUCAAGGUUAUUUAGACACUAGAAUAUUUACCUCUUUUCUUUCAACAAGUCGUGUGAGAAUUGAAGUCCAAUCAUAAUCUUACCAGGUGUUUAGUUAACUUUUUCCCUAUUUAUGGCCAUUUAGGCUUUAAAGAUUGUUCAUACUCUUAGUAUUUCUAAUAUUCAUUGCACUUAGAUAUUAUUUCUGUCGUAUUUCAAAAUAGUAGAAUAAUUUUGCUUCUAUAAAGCUGAUAGACCCUAUUUCUAUCCUGAUAAUAACUUUGAAGUUGCCAUUAGUUGAAGUAUUGACUAGUUCCUAUACUUAAGUUGGAGUAGUAGUUUCCUUUCAACUGCAAACAGUAAGGUUGUCUCAGUGUAGUAACUUUUUUUUUCUGCAUAGGGAAUAUUAAAGAAUUUUUUUUAAAGUUAUAAAAAUAGGUGAAAGUUGUGAAAAGAAAUGAAACACAGGACCAAGUUUCCUUUAGCCUAAAUUGUUCUCACUUUAAAAUACCUAUGGAGUCAUUGUCUAAUUUAGAUAUGUUAAUAACCCAUUGAGCUGCUUAUGCUUCAAGUUUAUUUUUUAAAACCAGAGGAAAAGGUAACAGUAUUUUUGUGCAGUGUGUGCAAUUUCAGUUUCUCAGUUAAAUUCUUCAUUGAGAUGUGACUGGUGUUUGUUGAGAUUGGUAACUGUAGUUUCCCAUUCUUUUGAUGACCAAAAAAAAAGAGGUACAAUGGAAUUCAUGCAUUUUAAAUUGUAGCCAUUCUCCAGGCCCUUUCAAGGCAGUGAGUGACCUUACCAGUGCCUGAACUAUGAACUUCAGGCCUUUAGGACAGUGUAGAUUAAGUUAUCACUGCUGCCAUGUUUGUGCAACUUUGAUACAGCAGCCACAAAAGCUUCCUGCAGGCUUCUGGGAAAAUCUGAUUUUCUACUUUCUGUGUUUCUUACUGAGAAUGAGACUCUUCUUCUGAGCAGGCACACUAAAGCUGAGCUGACCUGCUUCCUGGGUAUUCCUCGUUUGGCCUCUACGAAUGCUGCUGACAAACUGAAGGCACAGGAUGAGCCCCAGCCCUGGGUUACACUGCCUGGGCACCAAGGGCCCAUAGAGUCCAUGAUAAUCAUUCCUCUAUUGCAGGCCCCACCCUGACUGGAGGAGGCUCCCUAGUGUGGAGACAUCAGGUAGGUUCUCCUGUCUUGUAGCAGCAGCAGUAGAGCUUAUUCCAGGGAGGUACUCACAGAAGAGAUGAGCUGGUAGUCCUGCCUUCUAUUCCACAGACCACAUUUAUAUUGGCAGCCCUCAAUUCUAGGUACAUACAGCACAGCAGGCGCCUGCUGCCCCAUUCCCUUCACCGCCCAGAGCCAGGCUAGGAAUGGCUUCUUUCCGGCCUCUUUUCCACCUCAGGUGGGCUUCUGUGAGCUCUGACUUCAGUGUUUAAUGACCACAUCUGUGCCCCUUUUAUGACCUGACAGAGCCUGGCCCAUUCAAGCUCCUUAGUCUCCAGGGCUUCCAAGGAGCCCUCUAAUGGGAACUGUGGAGUUAAUAGCUACUGAUUUCUUUAGAAUUUUUCAUUGAAUUCUUAACACAUGUUAUGGGACUGAAUGGUGUCUCACUCAAAUUCUUAUGUUGAAAUUCCCUGAGCUUAAGAACAUGGUUGUAUUUGGACAUAAAGUCUUUAGAGGACCCAGGUCAGUUGAGGUCACAUGGAUGAGUUCUAAUCUGAUAUGACUGAUAUCCCUAUGAGAAGGAGAUUGGGACACAGAUCUGCACAGAUGCUUGGCCAGGGAAGAAAGGCAGAGGCUGACUAACAGCUGUAAGCCAAGGGCAGAGGUUCUUGGAAGGGACUAGACUUCCCUGCAUUUUGUUGUCUGGUUUCUAGUCCCCAGAACUAUGAAGAAGUACAUGUCUGAGUUAAAGCAUCCUGGGCUAUAGCAGUAAAUUGCUAAGGCAGCCCAGCAAGCUUAUGAAGUCUACCAGUGUCUGUCUUUGUUUCAUGUUUGGUUUUGUUUGUUUUGAGUCAGGGUCUCACUAUGUAGUCUUGGCUGGCCUGGAACUCACUGUGCAUACCUGCUUGCCCUGUAGCUCAUAGAGAUCCCUUUGCCUUUGUCUUCCUAGUACGGGGAUUAAAGGUGUGUGCUGUUUUCUUUUUUAAGGAAGAAAACUUCCUAAGGAGGCAGAGGCACAGAGGAGAAGGAAACAUGAGUUCCAGGACCGUGUGUUUUAUAACUCGGUGCAGUGAGAGAGUGAUUUCCUGGGUUUACCUAGUUCUUCAUGUAUUGGGUUUUGUUUAUUAGUACUUCCUUUGGAAUGUAGCACAGCAUCUACUUUACCUUCUCUGGUAGAUUGCUACCUGCCUGAUAGUACUAAGUACAUUUUCCUUAGCUGCUUUGGUGAUGUAUUACAUGAUCAGUGCCAAAUAAGCUGUUGAGUAAGAUUGAGUGGACUCACAAGCUGGACCAGGUUGUUGAGGGAUGCUGAAUUUCUUCACCCACAUAACCCCACUGUUGGUCCUUAGCACUGAGGUCAAUUAAAUGAGGAAAGUGACAUUUAAGAAAUUGAGUCACAUUUAAAGCAUUAAAGUCUCUUAUUUUUAUACUUAAAUUUAUCUACCAUAGUAAAAAAUAAUUAAGUCAAAGAAUCCACUUUCACUACCAUUUAUACUUCAGGGUGGAGAAUUGAUCCGAACUAGGCCCUCUGAAUGUGGGUGACAGUUGUGUGGCUUGGGCAGUUUGUGGGGCCCCUGGCAGUUGGACCAUCAUUUAUCCCUAGUGCAUGAUCUGGCUUUUUGGAGCCCAUUCCCUAUGGAGGGACACCUAGCUCAGCCUUGAUGCAGCAGGGAGGGGCUUGGUUCUGCCUCAACUUGAUAUGCCAGAUGUUGACUCCCAUGGGAGCCUUACCAUCUCUGAGGAGUGGAUGGGGGGUGAGAUGGGGGAGGAACUGAACGAGGGGACACUGUGGUUGGUAUGUAAAAUGAAAAAAAAUUUUUUUAAAUUAAAAAUAAAAAGAUUCUGCUGACUGUAAUGGCUGACAUUUGCCUUUGAAGGCUGAUUCCCUCCUAGUCUUUCUGCUCUGUGGGUUGGUCUGUGAGAUCCACUGCUCCUCCACUCAUGGCCCCUUCUGCAGCUCACCAGACUCUUUAACAGAUUGUGUGCUGAGUCACAGACCUGCCUCCAGCCCUGAGUUCACAUGAACCUGACUGACUUCCCAGCCCCUGGGUAUGAAAUUGUUCACUGAACAUCCCCACCAUAUUCCUUCUAAUGCCUCAAGCCCCCCUUGCCCAGAGUAUCAUUGCCUAAACUUGCUUGUACAUUUUUCCAUUGCUGAUGUUUAUUCCCUUCCUUCCUCUCUCUCUUUCCACCCCUCUUUAUUUUUAAAACAAGAUCUUAAACUGUAGCCCAGGCUGACCAGGAACUGAGGGUAAUCCUACUUCAGUCUGCAAUUACCUCAUCGUGCUGGAAUUACAGGCAUGAACCACCACAUCCCGCCCAUUACUGUCUCUUUCAGAUGCCAGUUACCAGAGACCAACUCACCCCAGUACAUGAAUCCCAUGCUCUGCUUUCUUCCACCUCACAUCUUGCCACUCAGCAAGGCUUAUUCAUUUUACUUCUUUCAUAUUGAAAAUUCAGAAUACUCAAAAAUGUAGUUUGUUUCCCUAGUGCUAAGACAUGUAAAUCAACAGAAAACAGUGUGAAACAUGACAAAGACAUGGUUGAAAGUCAGAGCAAGUAAACACAUUUGUAGGCAGUUGGCUGGAAAGUAAAGCUUGUGCUGGGCAACUGGCAAAGGACCCCAUCAAUUCUUCAAAAUGCAUCUCUUUUAACUAAGUAUCCUAUCUUUUAGAAAUUUGUAAAGUAAAGUAACUAGAGAAAUGCAAGUGUUUCCAUUUUGGUUUACUAGGUUUUCAUAAGCACUAAAAGACCAUAAAUAUCAAUCCCAAACAGCCUAAAGUGAGGGAUUUGUUUAAUGCACUAUGUUAAAAUUGUAAGUUUUGGCACCCCUAAUGGUUAUGCAAGGUGUGUGUUUACCAGCUCCAGUAAACCCCACUUGUAUUUUACAUGCAAAGAAAGGUUGUGAAACUGUAUAGAUGAUGAACACACUUGAUAUAAAUAUGCAAGACCAGCUGGAAAAUGGAGGUGAUCUUGUAGAGAAUAAAUUCUUUUCGUGCAUCUUCUGUAUUUGCUCAUUCUUUCCCCUAACAAGAACUCCUAACAGGGAGACGCUUUAUUUAUUUAUUUAAUUAUUUACUUAUUCAUUCAUUCAAGGUACUGGGGUUCUUAUGGGUCCUGAGCUCUUAGGGGUCCUGAGCUCUUUCCUGUAGUGCUGGAGACUGAACCUAGGACCUUGUAAGUGCUAGACUAUUGCUGCACUCCAAAGCUGCUGCACACCAAAAAAUACAUAUUUUAUGUGCAUAUAUGUGUGCCCGAGUGUGUGUACGUGCACCACGUUUGUUCAGAAGCUCUUGGAGGUCAGAAGAGGCAUUGGAUUAUGUGGAACUGGAGUUACAGAUGGUUAGGAGCCAUCAUGUGGAUGCUGGGAACUCAUCCCAGGUCCUUGGCAAGACCAGUCAGCUCUCUUUAACUGCUGAGCUAUCUCUACAGCCUCAACACUGGGAUUUUUACAUACCAGGUACAAUUGCCCAUUCCUGAAGGCUUCAGGGAUUUUGUAGACUGACUGCUUUCUUUUCUUGCUAUAUAUGUCCUGACCUUUCACAAAACAACUCACUCAUACUUUUCUUUUGCACAGGUUGGAGUGGUACCACAAAGCUCUAGGUGAACCUGACUCUUCCAUGUGGGGGUCUUGAGGUUGCACUCUGUGGCUUCCUGGGAAUCUGCUCUUACACUGAAAAGCUAGGGCAGCGUUGUAGAGGCAGGCCUGGCCCCUUUCCUGCCUCCUGCCCAAAGCUCUGUGUCUCCUGAUCUGUCCCUAUCUUGCUGCUGCUGUGUAUUCUUGUGUGUUUACUCAGCGGCUGCUCUCAGUAGGACUCCUAGAGACGUCUGACUCAGAGCUUCAGGCAACCUCACAGGGAAUCCAUCCUUGGCUCCUGCUGUUCACCUUUGACUCUGUCUUCUUGGCAGCCCUCCUGCUAAGCCUCUUUGGGCUCCUCUACCACUACAGCUCUUGAGCCCUUCCAAGCAACUACAAGAAUAGGUAACAGUUUAUUAAAAAUUGAUUAAGAGACAAGAAGGAGCCAGGGCUCCAAUAUCCCCUUACAUGCACACCCCACUGUAUCUCCUCCUAGUUGAUCCGUCUUCCUGAAGUUUCCACCAUCUCCCAAUAGCAGGGUACCAAUCUUUCAACACAUGAACAUUUCGAGGUCUAAAUCAUAACAAAGUCAUGUCAAAAAUACGAUGUUAACAUCUUAGCAGUCCUUAUGUGCCGCUUUGCCUGCGUCUACAGUUACAAACACGUUUCUAAAUUUAGUGUGACAAAACCGUCUCCAUGCUUUCAUAGAUGUUUCCCCACAUUUGUGUGUAAUCCUACAAACUACACGUUUUUAGUUUGCUUAACAAAACAUACUAUUAUUGUGUGUAUUAUAGGACUAGUUUUUUUUCUGAAUAGAGAAUUCCUGAGAUUUUGUUGUGUUGAUGUAUAUAGCUGUAUUAUGUUCGGGGUAUAAGAUAACAUCAUUUGAAUAUAUCUGUAUUACUUAUAAUUUUACUAUUGAAGAACAUUUGUAUUAUUUUUAGAUUUUUAAGCUUUUUCUGUUAGUAAAAAUUAUGUGUGUGCAUAUACACGUGUGUGUGUGUGUGUGCGUGUGUGCAUGUGUGUGUGUUGUGUGUGUGUCUAAGUCAGAGAACAACUUAUGGAGUGCUCUGUACCUAGUAUGGCAUGGCCGUUGCCCACAUGAACUCACAGUUGCUGAUUAUCUGUACUAGACUUGCACAAGAUCGGGUCUAUUACCUUCCAUCAUGGAGGGAAGAAGGGACUCAUGAGGCCUCGCCCUUCCCUGAGGAUGAGCAGUUAACAGUUGCUGGGGGAGGGGAGGGGCUCACAAGGCCUCACUUCUCUCUGAGGAUCUUCAGGCUAGCUACUGAUUGGCGGAAAGAAAUAUUCUUUACUGGUAUAGCCACUGGUGAGUUACCUAUGCUGUUGGAAAUAACCCCAUCUGUGCUCAUGUAAACAGUCUCAACACUCACUGGACCAUAAAUGAAGGAAGAGGGGAAAGGAGGGAGAAAGAAGGGAGGUAUGAGAAUAGAAGUGGGACUAGCUGGUAAGAGGGAUGGGGAGCUGGUCACACUACUGCCUUCAGACAGAACAGUGAGCACAUGCACGCUAGUUCUCAGCCCAACUGCUCCUACCUCCACAGCACAAGCUCCCCUCCCCUGGGGACUGUCCCCAGUCUAAGAGGCUAACCUUAGUCUAGACAACCCCUCACAGGUAUGCCCAAGUGACAGUUGACAACACUUGUCCAUCACGGUCUUUGUGUCUUAUUUCAAAGAACAUUUCCUAACCUCAAGGUCAUGAACAACUUCCAUAUUUAAUGUUUUGAAAUCUUGCCUUUCACAUUAAAGCUUUAAUUUAGCAAGUAAAUAUGAACAGGGAAAGAUAAACCAAUUAAAGUGAUAAAGAUUCAUUUCAGAAGUUUGGUUGCAUGUUCUUAGAUGACCAAAGUCCCAAGUCAGUCUGUGACUUGGUUUGGCAGUAAAGUGGACUUAGAUAGCCAUAGAAAGAUAACUGCUUUCAGUUCUUUUAAUUCUGUGGUGUUUUCCUACAUUUCCAGCUUUUUUUGUGUGUGUGUGAGAGGGUCGAGUUCUACAUAGCCCUGACUAUUCUGGAACUCGCUAUGUAGACCAGGCUGGUCUCACAGAAAGCCUCCUGAGUGCUGAGAUGAAAGAAGCCCUGUAUGAAGAGGCACUAAUGGAGCCUAUAAGAGGGUGAAAGAGUGCUUCAGGUCGUGGGUGCAUGGCUCCCUGAGAAAGGAGAAGGCUGGAGACCCAUGUGGCUGCUGCUUGCACUGAGAACAGAAAAGAUGCCUGGACAAUCCACUGACCUGUUCAUGAGUGCCCAUGAAUCCAUUCACCUUCUUACUGUAUUCCACUUUCCCAUCAAAGAGCUGAAAUGGAUAAAAAGAGACUGACCUGGGUUCUAACUGGUACCCCAGGAUGGUGGCAGAGCUUGGAUGGCAGUGUGAAUAUUCAUGGCCUCCAGGCCCCAGCCAGCACUCCACCCAUGCUUUGAGUGAAGCAUUAUUUGAAAUCUUCUACAGAGAGACAUCUCACUUCAGGCUGUGAGCACUGCAACACAAAGUCUACACAUGAGCAUGAAGAAAAGCACCGAGUUCCCGAUUUCUUUCACAAAAUACCAGCUGCAGAAGAAAGAGAAUCUGCUUUGAAAUGACAGCUUUACGUUCUUGCAUUGUGCCUGUCUCCACAAUGAGGAUGCUCACUUCUAAUAUUUAACUUACAGCUGGUAAGGGAAAAUAGCUUUGAACUAUUUUUAAGGAUUGUGCCAAAUACUUAGAGAUUCAAAGGCAGAGAAAAUUAUCGUUUUCCUCAGCUGAUUCGCUCUUCUUGUAUUAUUGUCUAGUUUCUUCACAUUUGAGCAAAGAUGCUUGAAAAGAAAAGUUGUGUGUGUGUGUGUGUUUGUGUGUGUUAUGUGUGCUUGUGUGUAUUUUUUUUGUGUGUGACUUGUGUAUGUUUGUGUUUGUGUGUGUUAAUGUGUUGUGUGUUUUGUAUGUUUGUGUAUAUGGGCUGUAUGUGCUUGUGUUGUGUGUAUAUGUGUGUUGUGUGUAUAUGUUGUGUGUUUGUGAAUUUGAGUGAGGGUGGUUGUCUGUGUUAUAUGUGUAUGUUGUGUGUGUGUGUUGUACCUGUGUUUGUGUGUUGUGUGUUUGUAUGUGUAUGUUGGAUGUUUGUGUAUUUGCCUGUGUGGGGGUGGUUGUGUGUGUUGUAUGUGUAUGUUGUGUGUGUUGUACUUGUGUUGGUGUGUGUUAUAUGUGUGUUGGUGUGUGUUGUAUGUGUGUGUGUUGUGUAUAUGUGGGGUUAUGUAUGGUGUGUGUAGGUUUGUGUGGUUUUGUGUGUGCUGUGUGUGUUUUAUGUGUGUUGGGGGUUAUACGUGUUAUGUGUAGGUUUGUAUGUGGGUUUUAUGUGUUUCUGUGUAUGCCGUGUGUGUUUUAUAUGUGUUGGGGGAUUAUGUGUAUUGUGUAUAGGUUUGUGUGUGUGUUGUGGAUAUAUAUCUACUUGCUUCCCCACUGUUUAUAUUAAAAAUCCAAACCAGAACCAAUGUGUCUGAUUUUCAGUUUGACUCUCUUGACUGUUCCUCUCAUGUGCAGAUAUGAAUUAAUCAGAACAUCAAGACUCAACUCUCCUUACCUCAGGGAAUUCUGAAAAGCAAAAAGACAAAAGCAAAUCUCUAGAGUGGUGAGCGUAUUUCUUCCACAUGUCAGCUGUGUGGCGUGGACAGAUAGGUUCAGCUCUUCAUGCCUCUGUCUCCCCAUCCGCAAAGUGAAGUGUAAUCAUAUUCAUCUCACAGACCCCUCAUGAGAAUUGAGACAGUGUGUGGUCAGCUCACAUGAUGCUGGCUACAGUCAGAGUGCCCCACCUCCUCCCCUGUCUUCUCUUCCUUUCUCCUGAGGCUCCUCUGUUUAGUCCUUUUAUUGAGUUUUUGUUGUUGGCAAACAAACUCUCCCAAGAUGUUUUGAAUUCUAGGACAAUCCUUGUUUCUUGGCCUUAGUUUUUGUGAUUUUUUUUUCAGAAGGCAGCCCCUUUUCUCUGGAUUCUGCCUUCUCAGUUUUCUGCACUGGCAUCUUUCUGGUUUACUAACUCUAAAAUGUAUUUUUUUGGGAUAAGUUUGUAUGUAAACAGUGGGCAGUUGAAGUCACUGGGCAUCUAUUUCACAGGAGGUGGGGGAUGGGACAGGGAGGGUUCAAAGGAGCAGUGGGUGUCUUUUCAUCUCUUUUUAAUGUUCAGAGCCACACCCUUCUCUAUCGGAUUAUGUGAGCCUGAGAUCAGCCCGAUUUUACUGUUUAGCAGAUAGUUUAUGUCACCUUUACUUCACUCUGGAUGGAAAGCUGGAGGAAGAGCUCUGGAGACUGUGCUCUUCCUGGGUCAAGUGGGGUGUGACUAGGCUGGCAGGUGAGAUGAAUUCCAGGUUGGAUCGCUGGUCUGAGGUUCACUCAAGAAAUAUUUAGGUGCCACACUGCCCCCAGGGACACUAACAAAGCACCACAGGCCAGGUGGCUCACAAUGAUGUAUUUAUUCUCUUGGAAUUCGGAGACAAGAUAACCAAAUACAGCACCAGCAGGUUCAUGUCCCAGCUUCCAGUGCUAUUAAGCAUCUUUGGAAGUCCUUAGCUUCCAACUGUGUUAAUUCUGCUCUCUCAGGUUCUAUCUCUGUAGUAGUUGUGAUGUCUUUGCACUGUGUCUGUCUUCAAAUGGAGGACUUCUCUGUGUGUCUGUCCUUCCUGUGACGUCUUCCCUGUGUGUGUCUGAAUUUUCAUUCCGUGUUCUUCCUUUGUCUGCAUCUUCACAUGGUGCUUUCCACACUGCCUGUCCACCUGUGGAGCACUCCCCACGGUGUCUGUCUUCACAUCAUGUCUUUCCUCUAAAUGCUCCUGGCUCUCUGUGUCUUCUCAUCUCUUAAUGGCAGCAGUCCUCUGGGGUGAGGGACCACUCCGUUCCAAUACAACUUCAUCUCAGCUUGCCUCUUAAUUAUAUAUGCUUGCUUUCACAGGUACUAGGGGCAGGGUCUUUGGUAUAUCUUUUUGGGGAACACAGUUAACUGAGUGUUCUGAUCUGGUCUGCAGGCUGACAACCUAUGGGGAGAGAGUGAGAUGGAGGUUGCUGCAGUGGAGGCCCACAGCUGCAGCUUUGAGAAGGAUAAAGAUUCAGCUCACAACUGUGUGGUGUUGGUCUCUCAUCUUCCUAGACUACAAGGGACAGGUUGGAUCUCUUCCACUUAUGUAAAGCAUUGUGUAUUCCAUGCCUGUUACCUUGUGUCACAUCCAAAUCUUCACAUCCUGAGUCCGAGCUACCUGUGUCCUCUCCAAUUUACCCUUUUAUUGAUGAUUGAGACACACAGGGCUGCUCGCCUUUCUUGAGGCUGACAUCUCCAGCCCUUGGCCUCUGCCACUUUCAGCUAUUAAUGCUCUUGGUCUCAGGCUGAUACUCCAAGAUGCUUCCUGACAUGUCCUCCAUGAUUACCCCAUGUGAAGCAACUCUACAGAGGAAUGAAAUAUGUGCAAUUCAUUCAGCACCCCGUCUAAGCACAUGUCAUUUGUCUUGCAGAACCCUUGGUGUAGGAAAUGGUGUCCUUUUUCUUCUCUCUCUUUUAGUUACUUAAUAAAGUCCCAGGGAUUUAAAUCAGAUCCAAUGAAACCUCACAUGCACAAAUGGACCCUCCAUGGCCAAACAGAAGAAACACUGUCAUUGACAUCAUAAGACAGUGCCAUUUGAAAGACUACUGAAGGAACUACCUGAUGAAAACAAUGGCAUUCGUGCCACAGGGUCCCCAGUGCUGCCAUUGGUGGUUCACCUAAGCUGCUUUGAACAUUCAUCAUUUGGCAUUCAUCAUUUCUAGUCUCUUGGCCAGCAGAGGAUCUUAGAAAACUUGGUGAAGCAGCUUCAGGAAGGGGCAACUCAAGAGAGUAUCCUAAGGGAAGGGUCUCUCACUGUGCAGGCAUCCUGUCAGGUGGGAACACCCUGUCGAUGCCAUAUCACCUGUGUGUGCUCCAUGACAGUGUGAGAAGACAAUUGGACUCUGUGCACCCCAUUCUCUUUUGUCCUCUUCAACUGUCUUUGGGAUCCCCCAUGGGCUGCUCCAUUACUGUAAUGACUUUUACUCUUGAAGGUGAAAUUUCUAGUCAAGAGCGCAGAUCUGCAUGGAUCAUUGAACAUCUGCAAUGUCCAGCGGUGAAAAACCCAGCAGGGCAGGGGUGAUCUCAGACAGAUCGAUGUGUCUGUGCUUCUUCCAGCCUUUCUCAACAGCCAUCUUCUCCUGAAAGCUAUGUGAGUCAGAAACUGAGAUGUGGAGAGCCGGGUUCAUUUCUCCCAAGCCAAGUUAGACAUUUUUCUUUCACUCUUCUUUGCAUAACUCGAGGAUUCACCACGACUUAACUGAUUGGAGUACAGAACAGAAUUUCUUUCUGUACAUAAAGAAAAUUCCCUUCUUACAAGCCCCUCUGGUCUAGGGAUGCUUUGUGGCACUCUGCCUU